UGACAUUACCAGUAUGUCAGGAUGUCGAAUAGCAUGGAGCCGACAUUUGAUAACCGCCUGAUAACCGUCAGAUUGCGUCUCAGUGACAUGACCACAUUUCCUUCCAAUAUUGCAUGCAGCUGGUUGAGAGGAGUUUCUGGAUAUCUAAUGCGUACUAAACCUGAAGAUAGUCUACGGGAGCGACUCAGCCAGGCAAAGACGUAUGCGGAAUGGGAAAUGAUAGCGGCCGAUCUUGAUAUAAUACUAGGUCCGAUGAUCAUAUGACGCUGAGAAACUUAUAGUCGUGUUGAUUCUCAUAUGUCUACAGGAAACGAUGUGUGGAAGGCAGACGCUACCUCCAACAUCUACGACUAUAAAUUAAUUCAGUUCAGAUUGGAGCAUCUGGCGGAAGUUCGGGAUAGCGGAGACGUUGCAGAAUUAAUUUACUUGCUCCGAUCAGGGCUUCUUCGGAAUCUCGGCGGUAUUGGCGACCCACGAUUGUUUUCUCGAUCAUACUUAGGGACAAAGAGUCUGAUUGAGGAUUAUCUGAACCAAGUUGUAACGCAGCUGCAGUACAUUCAGCGUAACGAUUUUGAGGUGCUCAGUCCUCAACAAAAAGUGGAAUUUUUUCAUGAUACCCGUCAGAGCUUUGGAAAUACAGCAUUGCUACUGGAAGGAGGGGCAACAUUUGGAUUGUUUCACCUAGGUGUGGUCAAAGCUCUAAGCGAACAUCACCUUCUUCCUCGGAUCAUCAGUGGAUCAUCUGUCGGGGCGUUGAUUGCGGCUUUAGUCUGCGUCCAUACUGAACAGGACUUACCGUGUAUCUUUCAACCGGGCGGGAUCAACUUGAAAGCGUUCGCUAAGAAAGGAAUCAAAGGCAACAUCACCCGUAAAAUCACCCGACUUCUGAAAUAUGGGUACUUGAUGGAUGUGAAGGUCCUGGAGGAUUGUGUCCGUAGUAAUGUGGGAGAUCUGACAUUUGAGGAGGCGUAUGCGCGCAGCAAACGGGUGUUGAACAUCACUGUCGCAUCCACACGGAAGUAUGAGGUACCGCGACUUUUGAAUUACCUGACUGCACCAAAUGUGUUAAUUUGGAGUGCAGCAUGCGCAUCAGCGGCUGUCAUGGGUCUCUACGAGUCGGUCGAUCUACUGGCAAAGGAUAAUUACGGUAACAUUGUGCAUUGGAGCCCAAGUGCCAUCAGUUGGAGCGACUCUUCUUGCGAAAGUGAUUCUCCGGAAAUAAGACUCGCUGAACAGUUCAAUGUGAAUCACUUCAUACUAUCACAAGCCAACCCAUAUAUUGCACCUUUCCUAUCGAAAUGCCCACAGGGACAAGGUGACAGUCUCUCAGAUAAGCUGUUCAUCUUUCUGUCUUCCGAAAUUCGACAUCGCUUACACCAGUUGGCGCAAAUUGGCCUGAUGCCCCGAACGCUGCAAACACUUUUCGAACAGAGAGCUCAAGGUCAUAUUACGAUAGCCCCUCCUUUGAGUUCAAUGGAUUUCUACCAGCUUUUUUCGAACCCCACAUACGCUUCCUUGAACUAUUGGAUCUUAAAGGGAGAACAGUCGACAUGGCCUUUUUUAUCAUUUAUCAGGAGCCGAACUAAAAUUGAGCUGGCCCUCGACAAAGGUAAUCAGUAACGCGUGGGAAUGUCCGACGUGUCGCUCAGAACCUCGGAGUAGCAUAUAUAUAUACGAGAGAAUUCCUUAAGCAAACCCGAGAAGCUUUGAUAAGAGGGGACGAAUUUAAGCGUACAAGAUCUGUUUGCUGAUCAAUGGUUAUUCACUGUGGAUAUAUAGUCAUACAAGCUGGCGAGUCGGUUAUCAAUAUCUACAGUGUCCAGAUUUGUGUCCAAAUCCCAGUCCGCAAAAUCAUCUUUGCUCAGUGUCAUUCUAGCGGUUGCA